CCUUUUGGUUCUUCUCUUCCUUUUCUCUUGAACAUUGCCAUACGAGACCACACUUUUCCUUGCCAGCCAGCCGCCCCAGACAGACAGUGGCUCUAGCUUAUUCCUUGAGGGAUCAUGGCGUUUCUUAAGCGUAUCCCAAGCGUACGGAAGAAGAAUUCUUAUAGGCUGGCUGCAGUCAGCCCUACCGACAGGCCAUCUUCUCAAAGUGUCUCUGAGAGUGCAGCAGCUAAACUAUCAAGCGGUUUGAUACAGUGCCACAUUACUUUACUGGACGACUCCAUGUUCACUUGUGAUUUGAAUAAACAUAGCCUAGGAUCGACUUUGCUGGACGAAGUCUAUGCACAUGCUGACAUCAUUGAGAGAGAUUACUUUGGACUUUCCUAUAGUGAGAAUGGCUACAAUAAAUGGCUGCAAAGUGACAAGCCACUAAAAAAGCAAUUCAAAGGUGGGAGUUGUAGUGUCGUCCUAGAGCUUCGUGUCAAGUUUUAUACCUCGGAUCCCGUGUUUCUCGUCGAAGAGCUAACACGGUAUUUGUUCUUUCGUCAAAUCAAGAAAGAUCUUCUUGAGAACAGGUUGAUAUGUCCAACAGAAGCAGCUGCAAUCUUAAGCGCCUUUGCAUUACAAGCUGAGUUAGGUGAUUAUGACCCUGUAGGACAUCCACCUGGUUAUGUCUCUGAAUUCCGUUUCAUUUCAAAUCAAGAUGAAGUGUUUGAGAAGAGAGUAUCUGAGAUACAUCAAGAGAUAAGAGGACAGACCACUAGUGAGGCAGAGUACAACUUCUUACAGUAUGCAAGACAGCUGGAGUUCUAUGGAGUGGAGCAAUAUCCUGCUGCUGAUGAUAGAGGAGUAUCUAUAUCACUUGGGGUCUGCUCACAUGGGAUAGUCGUCUUUAAAGAUUUGUUAAAAUUAAACACUUUUACUUGGCCACAGGUUCUCAAGAUCACGUACUCAAAGAAAAAGUUUUAUAUAGAGCUAAGAAAAACAAUGGAAAUGGAUGAAAGGGUAGUUGGAUUUCACAUGGACAAUCACGAGGCCAGCAAGAGACUUUGGGUUGCAUGCAUAGAGCACCACGCCUUCUUUAGAAUGUCUGAAGUAUCUAAAGGCCCACAGAGAGGGAGCCCCUUUAGAAAAUCAAAGGUCAAAAUCACUCGUAAAACAGAAAAACAGGUUGUUGAAGCUAGCAAGUCAAUAGCGAGAGAUGGACAGAGAAUAAGAAGGACCCCUAGUAAGAGGUAUCCAAAAAGGAGCCCACUGGUUGGUGAUAAUGAUGACCUAAUGAGAAGAAGAGCUAAUACUGAGAUAAGAAGAACAGGUUCACUGAGAGACUAUGGAGGAGGGAGACCAGUAGUGGAAGUAAGGAGGGGACAGAGCCCCAGUGAACUAACACCAAGAAGACUCUCAGCUACCAGAGAGCACACACCUGCUAUGAGUUCUCCAAGGAGUCCAUUAAGUGAAGCAGAGGAUGAUUUCACAGCUGCUGAUUUCCUUCAGUUCCAGUUAGGAGAGACAGAGGAGAGCGGCUUCACGACAUUGCAAAUAUCUGAUCGUCACAAUCAUCAUCACGACAAAGAGGUUGGUGAAUAUUACGACGAAUCGAAUGCAGCAGAAGAAUUUGCCAAUCAGAUGACAAUAGACGACUUAGCUUCUGAAGGUUUUCUCAUGAUUAGACUCAAUCCUGAUUCUGAGGGAAGGUUUGGAUUCCAUGUUAAAGGAGGUCUGGAUCUUAACUUACCUGUAUUUGUCUCCAAAGUCAAAGAAGACUCACCAGCUUCUCAGUGUCAGCCUCCCCUAGAAGAAGGUGAUCAGGUUUUGUUUGUAAAUGGUAUGUCAACAGAUACAGCAACACACAUUGAAGUCAUCACUGCUAUCAAGUCUUCAUUAGAUAGGCAGCCGCCUCAGCUAGUACUCAUCAUAAAGCCAAGGGACCUAUCUAGAGUUGAUCCAACAGCAUCGGGUGAUUCUGCCCCUCAGUUCUCGUCUGAUCCUCACACUUUACUAAGAGAGUCAAUGGUUUCGUUAAAAGAGAGUGUACUCAAUGGAUCUGUUUUAGUUAGUUUUGAUCGUCUCUACAGAAAGAAGCCUGGGAUGUUGACCAUUGCCAGCAAAUUACCACAAAAUUUGUCAAAAAAUCGAUACAGAGACAUCACUGCUUAUGAUAUUACAAGAGUGCAUUUACUAGACGGUCCUGUUGAUUAUAUUAAUGCCAAUUAUGUUAACAUGGAUAUUCCAAGUACAUGUCAAGUUGUACGGUACAUAGUGACCCAGGGCCCAAUGCAAAACACUUGCAUUGACUUCUGGCAGAUGGUAUGGGAGCAAGGAUGUGGCUUCAUUGUAAUGCUAACUGAUAUAAUGGAGGAAGGAAAGGUCAAGUGUUGUAGGUAUUGGCCAGAUCAAGGUAACUCGACUGAGUACGGUCCGUUUCAGAUAUACUGUGAGAGUGAUAGGAAAGACAACCUUUGCUGCACGAGACACUUUGUAUUAAAGAACAAUAGGACAAAAGAAGAGAAACCAAUUAUCCAUUUGCAAUUCUUGGACUGGAGUGAAAGCAAUGUACCCCUAGUAAAGGCUGAUUUCUUAAGAUUCAUACGUAGACUGCAUACACUUAGACACGGGAUGGAGGAUCCACUGGUAGUUCACUGCAGUGGUGGCAUUGAUCGAAGUGGUAUCUUUGUUGCGAUGGAAACGGCACUGACGAAAAUAGAAAUCGUCGAGGCGUUCAAUCCACUGGAAAUAGUUCGAAUGAUGAGAGAUCAGAGAGGAAUGAUGCUACCUGCACUGAAUCAGUAUAAAUUUUUCUGUGACUGCAUUGUACAAGCUUAUGAAGAGGAUUACAUUGAAAUUGAUCUCUCCAAUCACGCAAAUAAUGUCAAAACUUCACCCUGAUUGAUCCAUCGAUUUCUCCUCUCAUAACAAUUAACUCAAAUAUAUUAAUAAUAAUAACAAUAAAAAUUAAAAUUUUUGUUUGAUACAACAGUCCUACUACAUUUAAGUAAUUACCCAUUAUUAUUAUUAUUAUUAUUAUUAUCAUUGUUAUUAUUAUUCUUUCGUUAUCCUUUCCCUGAAUUCCACUACUAAUCAGUCCCUCCCUCUCUCUCUCUGUUUAUCUUUCAUCUCUCCUUAUAAAAACAUCUACUUGUCAGUUGCUGCUCUAUAAUGUAUAAUUAUAAUUAUGAUGAUGAUCAUACUUGUAACAUUGAUUAUUAUUAUUUGUUUUUCUUUUUAAAUUAUUGUCAUUUUAAGCUGUUUUGAUAGGAUUUCCUUAUACACUCCUGCUAAAACUA